UGGGAGAGGUACGCGGCCUAGUUUAGUCCGCCCCGUGCGCGGCCUGGUCCCGGUCCGAGCUGGCGGCGGUGAGUGCGGAGCCGCGGAACUUCUUCAGGAUGAAGGACUGCAUUUCUUGCCAUUGCUGGAUUCUUGGGAUCAUCUGAAGUAACCUGACCCUCAUCCACUUCAACUUUUUGACAAAGCAUAUCAGUUCUUCAGAAGUUUUCUCCAUAUUGCACACAUUGAAUCUUUGUCAGUUAAGAAGCUACGUACCAGAAAUAUGGAGGAAGAGGAGGAUCUAAGUGAAAGAGGAUUGCCACGAAUUGCUUCAAUCAUGAGUAGGGUUAGAGACUUGAAAAACAAAUACAAAAAUGAAGACAAUAUCACAGAUGAACUGAACUGUACUAAAAUAUCAGCUGAUACAACAGAUAACUCUGGAACUGUUAAUCGAAUAAUGAUGACAACAAAUAAUCCGGAAGAUUGGCUGUGUUUUUUGCUUCGGCUGGAGAAAAAGGGUGUUCCUCAGAUGGACCUUAGUAUACUGAAUAGACUCAUUGGUCGCUACAGUCAAGCAGUAACUGCACUACCUGCAGAAAAGCACAGUGAGGACGAGAACUAUGCUCGCAUCCUUGUGAGAUUUGCAGAGCUGAAAGCUCUUCAAGAUCCAGAGGAGGCACGAGACCAAUUUCAUCUGGCCAGACUGAACUGCAAGAAAUUUGCUUUUGUGCAUGUGGCUUUUGCACAGUUUGAGCUAUCACAAGGAAAUGUGAAGAAGUGUAAACAGCUCCUUCAGAAAGCUGUGGAGUGCUCUGCUGUUCCAUUGGAAAUGUUAGAAACUGCUCUACAGAACUUUAAUUCACAAAAAAAGCAGUUGCUUUCAGAUGAGGAAAAGGAGAACUUUGCAGUAUCAAGUAUACAAGAGUCUGGACUUCAGAACAUAGUUGGCAAUCAGAGAAAUAUAAAAAGGAAUGAGUCUACUGAAAAUUCUUCUGCUGUUGCUAAACUUCUUGGGGAAGAGAAGUCACAAGAACUUGAUUCUAUGGUUAGUUUCCACAAUCCAUUAAGGCCACUAAACAGAUCCAACCAGGCCUGCCCUUUUGGGAGGAUUCCUGUUAAACUAGUAACUGAUUUUGAUGAUGUGCAGGAGAUGGAUGUCCCUCUUACAGCUGGUGUUGUGAAAAGGCACACAUCUAGCUCCAAAUGUACAGCCUUGAUUCCACCUUUUCCACUCUCUGAACCAAAACCGAGUGAGAAUGAUUCAUGUGACCUGGCAGACUCGAAGUUGUUACAAGAAAAAAAUUCUGUACAGCUACAGAUGUUGGAUGAGAACAGCUUAGAAAUGGCUACCAGUUCAGCUGUCACUCUGAAAAACAAAAUAGAUGCAAGUCUUGUGAUGAAAAGAGAAGAAAAUAAACUCCAGUAUCAAGAGCUGAAGAUACCAGAGCCAAGGAGCAUGGAAAGUCAACAGCAGCAAUCCAGUUCUUCUGAAAGCUAUAGAAAGCAAUUUGAUCACAUGAAACUGAACUGGGUUAACUCCAGAAAAAAAUGGCCAAGUCAAGAAGUGAUGCAGCAAAACUGCUAUAGAGAGGGAAAGCGAUCAAGUCUUGAGCAAUCUGGUCACCCCAUUUCAAGAAGACUAUCACCACCAGAUGCUGUCUCAAAGAAAAAUGAGCCAUUGUAUGUUUGUGGAACACCAAGCUCUACAUGUGCUGAUUAUAUGGAGUGUUUCAGAACACCAAUUGUAAGGAACAAUUUUUCACCAGCAUAUCAAAUUUCUACUCCCUACAGUCAGCUCCCAUAUUUUCUACCACAUACUCCAGCAGCUACAUUUCAAAAUCAAAUGGGCUUGCAGGUUUCAGCUUCUAUACCUUCAAAUGAAUGCAUUGCUGUUAAAGGAAGAGUUUAUACAAUAUUAAAGCAAAUAGGUAGUGGAGGCUCAAGCAAGGUGUUUCAAGUACUGAAUGAAAAGAAGCAGCUGUAUGCAGUCAAGUAUGUGAAUCUUGAAGAAGCUGAUCAGCAAACUGUUGAAAGCUACAAGAAUGAAAUUGCUCAUCUGAGUAAACUACAAGAGCAUAGCGAUAAGAUAAUCCGUCUUUAUAGCUAUGAAAUUACUGAUCAGCAUAUCUACAUGGUAAUGGAGUGUGGAAACAUUGAUCUCAAUAGCUGGCUGAAAAAGAAAAAGAAUAUUGAUCCAUUGGAACGGAAGAGCUAUUGGAAAAAUAUGUUGGAAGCUGUUCACACAAUCCAUGAACAUGGCAUUGUUCACAGUGAUCUUAAACCAGCAAACUUCCUGAUAGUUGACGGAAUGUUAAAACUGAUUGACUUUGGCAUUGCAAACCAAAUGCAGCCAGAUGUGACAAGCAUCGUUAAAGAUUCACAGGUUGGCACAAUGAAUUAUAUGCCACCUGAAGCAAUACAAGAUAUGUCAUCUUCCUAUGGAGAAAAUGGGAAAUCGCAAUCUAAGAUAAGUCCAAAAAGUGAUGUGUGGUCGUUGGGAUGCAUUUUAUAUUGUAUGACAUAUGGAAGGACUCCAUUUCAACAUAUAACAAAUACACGUAAAAAACUGUAUGCUAUUGUUGAUCCUCAUUAUGAAAUAGAAUUCCCAGAUAUUGCUGAGAAAGAUCUUCAAGAUGUGCUAAAGCGCUGUUUAGUAAGAAAUCCUAAACAAAGAAUAUCCGUUUCAGAGUUGCUGAUACAUCCCUAUGUUCAAAUUCAAACCCAAUGUCAAACAGGUGUUGCAAAUGCAAAAGGAGCAACAGAGGAAGUAAAGCGUAUCCUUGGCCAACUUGUUGGCUUAAAUUCUCCCAACUCUAUUUCCAGAGCUGCUAGGACUUUAUAUGAACAAUGCAACAGUGGUAAAAGUCUCGACGUAUCAGCAUUUGCCAAAUCUGGGAGUCAAAAAUCAUGGACAGCAAAGUGAUAUACAGCUGUUUGGGGUGCAACAUAACUGGUCUGUUCAAAAGAGUAUUUAGUGCUGCUAGCUUGUAAAAGGACACUCAGCAUAAAGUUCACACUUGAAAAAUUAAAUGUAAAAAAUAUAUAUCUAUGUACAGUAAAUCCUGACUUGCCACUUGUAUUGAACAAUGAAAAUGGAUAGGAUAGUUUGUUACUAUAGUCUUUUCUAACAAUGCUGUAUGGUUUUUGAAUUACAAAAACUUGUACAAGACUUUCAAGCUCCUUUAUACUCAAACUAAAUUUAAAAAAAAAGCUUUCUAAAACACCAAUUGUAAAAUUGGCUAUGUGAAACUUGCAAGUCUCUUGAAAUGUUCUACGAUGUGAGUACAGUAUUGUGCUGUUCUGUUCUUUGCUGCCAAGUAAAAGAAAUGCCUCUAGUGUCCAGCCCAAAACUAAGGGAAAAAAGGCACACUGCUUAUAUAAGCAAUCAGUUACAGUUCUGGUAGAUAUGUGUAAAUGCCAUCCAGUUCUUGAGCUGUUCUUUUGCUGAGUGAUAAAUGGCAUAGUGGAAGCAUCACUCUCAAAGUGUAAUAGGAAUAAAAUGGCUUAUGUUCUAUUUUAAAAAAAAAAAAAAGCAACAACUGCUUUGCAAAUCCAGUAUGCUUUGCAAACUUCAAAAUAGAAAAAUUGUCGAGAUUAAUGAUGCUCAGAAGACAAUUUGGAUUUUUAAGAGCACUAAUACUAAGCAGUGUAAAUAAAGUGUACUGAACACACUGGUUUUAUACAUGAUUAUUAGUGGAUUGAUCAGAUUUUGUUGUCACUGAGGUAUAUUUCUGGUGCAAGAGUGAAUUUUAAAUUACUUGGAAGACAUUAAAUAUUUAAAAGUUUCAGAUUGGGAGGGGAAAAAAUAAUCUUCAAGACAGCUGCCACAUUUUCCUUUGAAAACAUGAUAUUUGUUUGUUUAUAGAAUCUCUGAGCAAGUAUUUUCAAGUUUGUGGUUUUUGCCUUUUCUUAAGUUAUGCAUAUCAAGAUCCUGGUUCAUUACUGAAGUGUCUCUUGUUAAUUUUCAUGUGUUGAGUGUCGUGCCCUUUGAACAGUGACAGAAGAAGAGGAAAGGUAGUAUUAGAGAAGUUUCCUUGAUUAUUUCUACAUGUUAAUUACAGAAUUCAUGCUUACUUCCCUUCAGAUGAGUAUUAAAAUAUUUGAACAUCUUUAUGGUAGCUUUUGUAUUCUGUGCUUAAUUUUGGAUAACUCACCAGGAACAAAAAAGCUUGAUAAAAUGCUGUAAGAAAGGCCCCCAUUGAGGAGGAAUUGUCUUUCACUGUAAACAUACAUGUAAACAUUUACCAACCCCUAUUCUGAGCAUUCUUCUCCAGAUCACCUGGUCUCACAGAAUUUGUGUGCAUUUUGAUUCUUGGAACACUGGGAUUCACUGAUACCAUCCAGUUGCUUUCUGUGGUUUUUGCUUCCAUGAAUCAAGAUUUAAAGGAAUAAAAACGUGAGUGGUGGCAAAACAAUCUUUCAAAUAACUUAGUAAUAAGAAAGCAAUCUUUUGAAGAAUGGGAUUUAUGUAACUUUCACACCUCUGCUUCAAGUCUAUUUUAAAGCCAAGCCUUCACCAUCUUCCUAUGCCAGUUAAGACCAUCCUGCUGUGACAGUACCAAAUGCUUGUAAAAAGAGCACUUAUUACUCAGGUGUGUAGUAUUCCUGUGGCUCAACAGGAGUACUGUGGUUCAACAUCUGCUCUCUUUUAACUUAGUAGGUAUUCUCUGGAUUACUGGCUUGUUUCCUCCAAUGAUCCUGUUAUUUCUGAUUUAAUUUAUUACAAACAUUCGUGCUCCUGUACUAUAGCACGAGUGUAUAUGCUAACUUUAUCCUGCUUGCCUCUUAUAUGAAAACUUCUUGUCAAGGUUGAAGCUACCAAAGAAAAGUAAGUUAACAUUCUGUACCUUUCACACCGUAGGCAGUUUGGGAAACUUCUUAGAGCAUAUGAACUGAAACAUUCUCACUGGCUUUAUCUGGAGAGGGGAAAUAUUGUUUAAGAAGAAAACUUGUGGAGAAAACUUUUACUCUAUAGAAUACUCCUGUGUGAAGAGAAAUUGAAAUGUCUCCUAGCUGUUUCUCUGAAUUACCCUUGAAAAUAUUUCUGCAUAACUAUUCAACUGUUACAGAUGUUAAAACUUCCAGUGUUUUGCUUAUCUGUUGCUUAAUAUUGAAUAUGCAGAGGAGGUGUGCCAUGUUUUUUUUUUCGUAGAGUACAUGCUUUUGCAAUCCUUUCUCUCAUGCAGUCACUGCUGAAAAAACCGCAGCAUGAGAGAUUAUGGAAAGACAACUGGGGCUAAUGAGAUGAGUAGGUUGUUAGUCAUGCUUUUUAUUUAAAGUUUGAACAACUUAUGUUCCUUAUUUAUAUUCCUUUCCUGCCUGACAAUUGUCUCUUACUGCCCCUCCGUGCGUUCCUAUUGUGGUGGAUGUGUUUUCUUUUUAACAACUAUCUGCUCCCCUUUUCAGGUUCUUUUGGGAUCUCAGCAUGUGAAUUACAGAAUGGCUAUGCAAGAGUAAUUUUUAAAAGGCAAAAAGCAUGUUCUGUAUGUCUGUUAACAGAGGUUGCUGCCUAGAGCUUGCUCAAGAUUAUAAAAUGCCCAUCCUGCAUUGCUAUCAACUACAUUCAAGUCCACAGUUGCAGGACAUUGUGCAUAUAGAAAGUAGGUGGAGAAGAUGGUUUUCAAACCAGAUUACUAUAUGCCUGUUUGCAGUCACCAUCUUUGGAUACGUAUGUAUAGUGUAGUGCUAUAUCAGCUGUUACUGAUGUACUGUAACUACAUGAAGAGUAAACAAGUAAAUGAGAAUAUUUCAUUAAGCUCCUUUUUGUAAUUCUUGCAAAAAAUGAAUUUGAACAGUUAUAAUUUCUAAAUCUGAUGCUGUGAUGCAAUAAAAGCCUUUAGUCAGCAGGCAACACUAAGAAAUACAGAACUACAGAAAGAUAGGUUCCAUGUUUAUGGAUUAGCAUAGCAUUGUUCUGCCUGAGCAGCUGAGCUAGCUUCUCUGUAGGCAUAGUUGUAAUCCAAAGGCUAAAUGGAUUAAUGUGUAAGUUCCAAAGGCUCUGAUUUUCUUGGUGUGUCAGUGCACAAAAUGGAAUCCUUCUAAGGCAUGAGAAGAAAAAGGAGCUGUUCUCUUGCAUAACUGCUCUCAGAACGUUUCUCCAAGGAAUGAGAAACUGAAUGAAAAUCUAUCCCAGUGGCUCAGUGGGCUCCUCUUUUCUUCUCCGGCUUUUGAAAGGCAUUAUCUAUUUGUGCUGCUAAACAAGGAGGUGUGAAGGAAGAGAAUAUUAAAUUCCAAGCAGAAGAGAGAGUGCAUAGUGGGUUGUGUUUUAACCCUGAAAGUAAGUGGUCAAAUGAUCACUAGAUUGUGGUCCCUGUUAUGGGUUUCUGUUCUUUCUUUAAAUACCUGAUAGUUUCAUGACCAAUUUUGUGAACAGCAUUUAUUAUCAAAUUAGAAGUUGAACAACUGAUGUAAACUUGAAUUAUGGCCUGCCUCUAAAGCCUGUCUUAUUACUGGGGAUGUCAGGAAGAAUGAAAGGCUAAUCCUUACAGGUGCCAAUGAUGUUGCUGUUGAUACAGUAAGUACUGAAAACUAACUGCUCUUAUGUUCCUGUUGUCUCUACUGUUCCAUCAGUUUUCAUGGGUUCUCAGCAGCAAGGAUAAAAGAAAAUGCUGUUUUAGCAUAUUUUUAUCAUUGAUACUUUUGUGGCUAGGAGAUCCUAUUUCAGGUAAACACACAUAGUUAACACGAGUAUUCUCUUCCUUCUAAAUGCAUGUAUAUCUUCUAAACUCAAUUAUUUGUUCACAAAGCCUUGUCUGUGUCAGUAAGCUUUCCAAGUAUGCCCUUCUUUGCUCAUUUGUUCCACAUAAAGUAAUUAAGAGAAAUCUUGCAAGCUAAGAGAUAUAGUGAAGGAGGCACUAUAGUGUGACUGUAGGAUGUGGACCUGUAUUGGAGCAGAAGUCUUGAUAUAGCCUAUCCAUAUAUUUUUCAUGGGAGUUGCUGCAAUGAAACCCAAGAUAAAAAUCUGACUCCUCACCUCAAUUCCUUGCCUUAGCAGGUGAAAUUGCAGCUAAACGAUGAUGUAAUUCCAAGACGCCAGCUCUAAUCAGAUGAAUUGCUAAAAUCCAGGCAGCUUUUGCAAUGAAAGAGAUGAUGAAUUUAAGGAGGAAUAGUGGUACCACUGUUUUGAACCCGUAAUAAACACAAGGAGAAAGUCAAUAUUUAAACAGCCUGUUUCUCUCAACUGUAACUAUAUUCUAAAUAUCUCUGGCUUGUCUUGGUACCCACAUAACGAUGUGCUUGUUUUAUGGUAAGUGCAAGUAAACUGAAGACCUGCUUUGUCUAUCUCAAGCUGUUUCUUGUUUAUUUUAUGUAGUUGUUAAUUAAAAAUACAAUUAAGUAGCAAGUAUGUUUACGGAAAUACAAUUUGGAUUCUUGGCAUUAAUACUUCGUAUGUGGUUUUGUAUAAAUUACUUGUUUGAAAAUUUGUUCUCUACAUGCUUUGUUUUGUCUGCUUACAGUUUGACAGAAUUGUUUCUUACCACAACUUCUGUACAAAGCUUGUUGUAUUUAGUUUCUUGUGUGGGAAGGAGAGGGCUGUUAAUGCUACUGUAGUAGAGUGGCAGAGUGUUCCAAAUUAUUCUUAAGA